AUGUCGAAAGGUUUUCGAUUCUCUCCUUCAGAAACCGAGAGAAUAACAUAUCUGCUGAACAAAGUCAUCGGUAGACCGAUGACGGAGGAGAAGUUCAUAGCCACGGACGACUUUUACGGCCCGAAAGAGCCCCGCGACAUUUUCGGAGACGCCGACCGCCGCGAAAAGGAGCGCUACUUCUUCACGAGGCUGAAGAAAACCGGAAAGAGAUUCUCGCGCAACGUGGGGAAAGGGGGGACUUGGUCCAACAAAGGCCAGGCCACCCCAAUUUUCGGUGACGACAAAGGCGUGAUCUUAGGCUACAGGAGAACUUUCAGGUACCGGCCGGCCAAGACUAACUCCUGCGAAGACGACGACUAUGUGUGGCUGAUGACGGAGUACGUUCUUCCCGACACCGCCUUGAAGUCCAACGCCAUUAAAGAAGAUUCCAAGAAUUAUGCUCUGUGUGUUCUCAAGCGAAAAUGGCAGGGGAAGGGCUCGACCAAUUGUUCGUGUUCUUCGUGUGUUGUUGUGUCGAUUCCUCCUGCCGAUUGUGUGGUUUUUGGAGAGUCGGGUUCGAAGGAGACGGUGGAUUGGGCCCACGAGCUGGAUCUUCUAUUGAGCAGUAGUAGUAGUUGUUUGCCGCCUUCGGUUGAUGGUGCGGUUUUCGGAGAAUCUGGCACUCACGAAGAGGAUUGGGUUCGUGAGUUGGAGGGGAGUAUUAUGAAUAAUCACGAUGAAGUUGAGAGUGUUGCUGCUAAUUGUUUGCCGCCUUUGGUCAAUGAUGUGGUUUUCGAAGAAUCGGGCACUCAAGAGGCGAACGACGAGGAUUGGGUUGGUGAGUUGGAGAAGAGUAUUAUGGAUAAUCAUGAUGACGUGGUUUUCGGAGAGUCGGGCAGUCAAGAGGCUGCUGACGAGGAUUGGGUUCGUGAGCUGGAGGAGAGUAUGGAUCACGAUGAUGGUGAGUGCCUCGAGAAGCCUAUUGAUGACGAGGAUUGGAUUCGCGAGCUCGAGGAGAGUAUGGAUCAGGAAGGCGAGCCUAUUAAUGACGAGAGUCGAUUUACGAACGAGUCGAAUCCUGUGGACGAAAGUUUCGAAAAGGAGCUGAUGGAUUUCUUUGACUUUGAGCUGCCGGCGGACGAGCCCUCUCUGUGGGACAAUCUACCUGACGAUGGCCGAUUUUUCUGGAAGGAAGACUGCUCCACCACUGAUGUGCCCAUGAUUGCUGCUAACUAA